UGAAAGCGAAUUUAGAGAUUUGGUAACAACCCUUAGACAGUAUUAUAAAUUUAAGAGGCUUCUAAGUGAUUACAUUAUCAACAAGAAACUACUACCAGCUCAACCUUUUCAAAUAACUACAAUCAGAAGUUUUAAUUUUCCAAUCAAAGACAAAACUAGUGCACUACAAUUUAUUGCAGAGAUCCAAAACGAAUUCUAUAUACCUGAACCAUUACCUCCCAACUAUGUAGACGUAAACUACACAAACAAGUCUAACUUAUCUAUAGAUCAUACACAGAUUAAAGAAAUAAACUUAACAAUACUAAUAACAUCACCCAAACAGCUAGUCGACAUGGCACGAAAGCUAUAUACCUAUUAUUUUUUCCACCAAUUACUAUCAGAAAAGAUCCAAAUUAAUAAUAAUAAAGAAACUAGUAGUACCAAUAAAGGCAAAAAACUACUAUUACUACCAAAUAUCAAAGAAUUACAAAGCCAACUAGCUAUACUAGACCCAGACCUACAAAUACAAUUGCCAAUCAAAGAAUACAAGAAUAUUAAACCUACACUAAAUA